AUGGACCGUCCCUCCGACAAAGAGAACCAUCGCCGCCAUCAAGACCAGCCAAAACAGAGUAUGCCGCCUUUGUCAUCAUUUAGCCUCUGGGUCGUUUCCUCCAUUGGCGCUAUCGAUCUAUCCAUCCCUUCAGCAAGGUCGAUGUUACCAUCAUCGUCGAAUCACGUUUUUGUGCCGCCACCAACGUCUUCUCCCCCCGUCCCUCGUUGCUGUUUCCUCAUCCCAGUGUCGCUCGUUGCAGUAAACUCCACCGCCUUCAGCAUCCUAGUCUGCCGCACCACCAAUCUUUCUCGUCGCCGUUGGAUCCACCGCCCUCUCACCAAGACCAAUCGCUAG